CUAUUUUGCCUUUCUCCGUUUCAUAUUCCAGCCGAGUAGAAAUCGCUUCUAAUCCGGAAACAACUUAUUGACACCUUCAAAUUGAAUUCGACCGAUAAUCUCUCCCCCAAUCUUUCCCUCUGGUUUUUGGGAACCAAAUCACCUUCUAUCUUUCUGUCUCUCUAUAAACCCUACAUCAACACGGUUUAUAUAUGUCGAUCACCACCAUUACGUCAUGGAUGUUUCUUCCUCUAUAUCGAUGGAUGGUUCUUCUUAGAUGUUGAAGGAUCUAACAGUUGGUUUUUUUGUCGAUCGACUUCAUUCAUGGAAUUGCAUAAAAUUAUUAGGACUUCUUAUGGAGUAAUACUGUAAUAAACUAAUAAUGUGCGAUAUCUCAUUAGAAAAAGCUCCUUAUUCAUCUAUCUUGGAGAUGACUACCAUUUCAUCGAUUACCUGAACCGGUUAGUGCAAAAAUAAGAAAAAAUUGUUUGUUCUAUAAAAAAAUCGAAAGUACAACACCUUGAUAAAAUUGUUUUUCCAUGAUUCUGAGGUUAUGCAACAAGAAGGGGCUGUUAUUCAUAUCAAAAUGUCAUGAAAUCAUUGUUACUGAAUUUCCUAAAUUGCCCUUCAUGAUGAAAAUCCUCCAAUUCGAAAUAGCUUUUCAAUUGGCAUCACAUAUUUGUUAUGCCAGUGCUUUAGAUUCUAGACUGAGACCUGAUGCAAAAACACUUCUUUCUCACCCUUGGAUACAAAAUUCAAGCCCUGUUGUAUUAAACAUAGAAGAUGAUGGCUCAGUGGGUGCAAAAACUUCAAAUGUGGAUGACGUAGUCACCAUUGUGAAUCUCUAUGUGGAGAAGUCAAUGUAUUUAUUUCCUUAUUUCAUACAGGUUGUUGUUGCAACGAUUGCUUUUGGUAUGGGUAUUGACAAACUAAAUGUAAGAAGAAUUAUACACUAUGGCUGGCCUCAGAGUUUGGAAGCAUAUUAUCAAGAAGCAGGUAGAGCUGGAAGAGAUGGAAAAUUGGCAGAUUGUGUUCUAUAUGCAAAUUUAUCAAGAAUGCCAUCCCUUCUUCCAAACAAAAGAAGUGAAGAACAAACUAAACAAGCAUAUAAGAUGUUAUCUGAUUGCUUCAGGGGCGGGGGUUGAUUUGAUUCAUUUUUACUCACUUUAUCUCUCAACUUUCUACAUCCAAGACUAUAUUAUGGCAGUCCAAAGAUUGGUUGUAAUCAAAGUACGUAAAAGUCGAAGAAAGAUCAAGCCUUUUUCCUAAUCCAUUCGCAUUGAUUUAUGUUAAACUCUUAUGUUGCCAUUGAGUUUUACUUCCAGUUCAUGUAUAAAUGUUCUUUUAGCUAUAAUCCUAUUCAAUAAGUCAUACUAUUUGGUGG